ACAGGUUAUCAGUGGGUCAAAUACUGGGAUGAUCGGAAAAUACUACGUUGUGUUCAUUAAAUAUUCCGAAUUCGGUUAAGCCUGAGCCUUGUGUUUUCAGUUUAUUUAUCUGCAGCAAUCACUACACAGUGCGACCUUACACCCAGCUGAGUUUGACCAGAAUAUUACAUGUGGUCUUGAGUGCUCUAUACUGAAAACGGGGAACACCAUGGCACAUUCACAGAUAAUGAACCUCUACAUCCUCGUCCCUGCGUUACUCCUCGCGAAUACCAACGCGGCGACUACGCCGAACAUUGUGAUAUUCCUAGCAGACGACACGGGCAUUGGGGACAUCGGUUGCUUUGGAAACACGACGCUACGAACGCCAAACAUCGACAAUAUCGCAGCGAGAGGGCUCAAGAUGACCCAGCACCUUACUUCGGAAGCCACGUGUACUCCGAGCCGAGCUUCACUGUUAACUAGCCGAUACCCGAUACGGUCAGGUCUUGCCAGCCCAACCGGUAUGCCUAUAAUAACCAAUGUGGCGAGUCCUGCCGGGCUUCCGCCCAAUGAGACCACCUUCGCCAACCUCCUUCAAGACAAGGGAUACGUCAACGCGUUUAUUGGUAAAUGGCAUCUGGGAUUGAAUUGCGAGAAAAAUGGUGACCACUGUCAUCACCCAAACCGCUUCGGGUUCGACCUUUUUUACGGCAUGGUCAUGACCAAUGCCAGGCUCUUUGAUCCCGGUUGGGAUUACGAAGUUGUCUUUAGGGUUCGACCGAACAGAGUGCAACAGGUUGCAAUAGUGUAUGUCGUAGGCCUACUUGCCGGCGCCGUUCUGAAGCGCCUCGGCGCCAUCGGCUCAAGAGGGUUCCGUCUUUACGCCUUCCUGGUGACUUUACUCCCAAUUUACACCUUUUUACUUUUGAUAAAUUGGCCAUGGCUAAACGGUGUGUGGCACAGGAAUGGGGACGUGGUUGAACAGCCGAUCAAUUUUCAGAACAUGACGAAACGGCUUGUCAUGGAAGGAACAGACUUUUUGGAGGAAAGGAGCCAGGAUAAGAAACCUUUCUUACUGUUCAUGUCCUGGCUCCAGACACACACGUUUCUUCAUACCGCGAAGGAAUUUGAAGGGGUCGCCCAGCACAGCCCGUACGGUGAUAACGUAGAGGAGAUGGACUGGGGGAUAGGGGAGAUCAUGAAGGCUCUGGACAGACUAAACCUCUCUGACAACACCCUCAUCUACUUCACCUCCGACAACGGCGGCCAUAUUGAAGAAAAAGAUCGCCUUGGUAACCGGGCAGGAGGUCACAAUGGGAUCUAUAGAGGCAGCAAGUUCCAGGGCUCCAUGGACGGUGGUAUCCGUGUCCCCACUGCAUUCAUGUGGCCAGGGCAUAUACCCGAAGGUACCGUCACGGACGAGCCGACUUCCCAGAUGGACAUCCUUCCGACACUGGCCGAUGUGGUAGGGUAUUCAGUGCCCAAAGACAGGGCCAUUGACGGCAAGAACAUCUGGCCUCUGAUCACAGGAAGGGCAAAGAUGUCGCCCCAUGAAGUGAUGUUUCACUACUGUGGUAUGACAAUUCAAGCAGCGAGAUAUCGCCCGCGUGGUGAAGAGAACGCCGUGUACAAGCUAUAUUAUGCUCGCCCAAAUUGGAACCCCGGUACCGAAGGGUGCGACUUCAUGUGCUCAUGCCUUGACGUGACUUGGCUGGACCGUCCGCAGCUCUUCAACGUUGCCAUUGAUCCAUCGGAAAAAUCGCCGUUGGACAUCAACGCCAAGAAACACGUUGAGAUAAUCAAACAUAUCAAUAAAGCCAAAACCGAGCACGAAAAAAAUCGAAAUGAACCAAAACCGCAAAUGGAAUUUUUCAAGGCCGCCUUUCGACCUUGGCUGCAGCCGCUGUGUAGUGGAGAUCACUUCCAGUUGUCCUGCUCAGACCCAAAGUAUGGCGCGAACACUUCAUGGCCUGAAGUAGUCUGGCCACCAAAAUCGUAAAGUACUACAAGGCAAUUAUGAUUUCUUGCUCAGUUUUAUAAAACACCAUCGAAAGUGAUCUGAUACUAAAUGUAUAAUGGAAUGCACAAACAAUAUUUACGAAUGC